AUGUAUCUUCUGACAGCGAUCGGCAUGUUCUGCGGAAUCCAGUUCUCAAUUUUCUUUCCAACUCUAUGGCCAUUUUUGAAUACAAUCGACCCUACAGCUUCAGCGUCCUUCUUCGGCCUCAUCACCGCGUCAUUUUCAAUUGGCCAAGGUCUCGCCUCGCCAGCUUUCGGCUACUGGAUGAAUAAGACCAAAUCGGUCCGCCAGCCGUUGGUAUUCGGCAUUAUCAUAAUGAUCCUUUCCAAUGUGAUUUUCUGUUUCGUUGAAGCUUUUCCGGAGAAGAAGCGACGAUGGGUGAUGAUGGCGGCGAGAUUCUUCAUCGGCGUCGGCGCCGGCACCGUUGGCGUGAUGCGAGCCUACGCGGCGACGGCGAGCAGCCUACGCGAUCGUGCUCGCGCCAUCACCUUCAUUCAAGCGUCCUACGUGAUCGGAAUGACAUUGGGACCCGGUGUUCAGGUCGCAUUUAUUCCCAUCGGUUUUCCGGGCUUCUCGCACGGCGUCGUCCACAUCGACAUGUACACAUCGCCCGCCUGGUUCGCCACAAUCAUUUGCAUUCUCUCGAUCGUCUUUAUUUUCAUAUUUCUCGUCGAGAAUUAUGCGGGCGUUGAGGCGGACGACGACGACGACGACGCGGAUAGUCCGUUCACCGCGUUGCCGAAAUUCGAUGGUCCGUCAGUGGCCGUCUGCGUCGUCACCCAAUUCACAUUGAUGUUCAUCAUCACCAAUUUGGAAACAAUCGGAUCGCUUUACGCGAAAAUGAUGUGGGGCUGGUCGAAUGCGCAAGCGGUUGAAUAUAUCGGGAUGUUGCAAGCGGUGAACGGUCUCGUCGGUGUUCUCGUCUACGCGCUAUUCGCCGUCAAACUCGGCGAUUACAUUUCGGCGUCGCGCGAGCGAAUUUUCACCAUAUUCGGCUUGUGCCUCGGCGUGAUCUACCACGUCGUCACAUUUCCCUACCCGUGGGGCUCAAAUCUUGGAUUCGAGAUCAAAAACGUCACAAUUCACGGUAAAAACGCGAGCGAAGAGCUUGGGUGCAAUCCGCACAAAUACCAUUGGUGCAACUACACCAAACAUGUCAAUUUUUGGCUGUACGCCUCGAUGUACGGUAUCGUGCUCGCCGCGUGCUUCCCGAUCGUCAAUAUCAGCAUGAACACGUUGUUUAGCAAAAUUCUCGGAGCGCGAAGACAGGGCACAAUGCAAGGAAUCAUGCUAAUGUCUGGAAGUCUUGCGAGAAGCCUCGGACCAUUAUUGGUCUCGUGGGUGUUUCAGGUAUCGGGUCCCGAGCCGCUUUGGGGAAUUGAGAUUCUCGUGCUCACCAUCACCAUGCUCCUAUGGAUACUUUGCUAUCGACGAAUGGUUCCAUUGGAUUCGAGUCCAAAACUCUCACAAUUCGAGCAUUUCCACUAUAACAAAGGCGUUCGGUAUCGAAUUUAG